AUGGCGGAACCCGAGAAGGACUUGAAGAGGCUCGAGGCUGAGCAGGCGAUGGAAGACGCCGACCUCCUCGACGCUCUCGACAAGGAGUCCAAAGAAUUCGACAAGGACAGCGAAAUCGCCCGCAUCCUCGCCGCCUUCCGCGCCAACGCCUACGAUGUCCUCGACCUCCAGCCUGGCGUUCCCGACGAAGACAUCAAAAGACACUACCGCAAGAAAUCCCUCCUAAUCCAUCCCGACAAAUCCUCCAACCCGCAAGCCCCCGAUGCCUUCGACCGCCUAGCCGCCGCCUACCAAGCCCUCCUCGACACCAAGAAACGUGCCAUCCUCGACGAAGCAAUAAGCGAUGCCCGCCAUCUCCUCAUCCGGGACCUAAAGCUCACAAUCGAUAGCGAGGAGGUGAAGGAUCCGGACGUGGUGUUCAUGAAGAAAUGGAAGGAGAAGGUCAAGUUCGUGUUGGCGGAUAAUGAGGCGCGACGACAGCGGCAGAUGAAGGCGCAGAUGCAGGAGGAAGGGCGGGAGCAGAGACGGGUGGAUGAGGAGGUCGCGGAGAGGAAGAGGAAGCGGGAGCAUGAGCAGGAUUGGGAGAAGACGAGGGAUCAGCGGAUUGGGAGUUGGAGGGAUUUUGCGGCCGGGAAGAAGAAGGAGGGGGACAAGGGGAAGAAGAAAAAGUUGAAGACGUUGGGAUGA